AUGGGUCCUCGUAAGGCAGUAGAUGUUGUCACUAAGAAUCCAAUUCCUGAUUUACAAGAGCCGUAUGAAGGCCUAGCAGCACAGCAGGUGGAUUUGCGAGUAUUAAUUGAUAAAAAAACACAGGAUUUAAGGGAUGAUAUGAAGCGCAGGCACACAGAGAUGAUUCAGAUGGUCAGUGCACUCAAAAGCUCCUUUGAUGGAGUGCAGUUACAUCAACAAUCUCGAGAGAGUGCAUCUACUUCCAAUAAUAGAGAUCAGGUAGCUCAAAUGAGACAAGGUAUCUUAGGUCCUAACCCUUAUCGUACUAAUUUCAAUGGUCGUGGGCAUAAUCUGUUAUUUCCUCGAUUCAAUGGGGAAAAUCUAAAAACAUGGUUGUAUAGAGAUGAACAAUACUUCAUUGUUGAUAAUACACUUGAUAACCUAAAGGUCGACUUGGUUGCAAUGAAUUUGGAUGAUGAGGCAUUAGGUUGGCACCAGUUAUAUCUAAAAUGUAGAGACUCAGUACUUCCACUUAAUUGGGAAGAAUAUUUGGCUUCUUUAGUGGAAACAUCCGGUGAAGAAUUUGCAGAUCCGAUGUUAGAACUGAAACAAUUAAGGCAAACUAGAUCUGUGAGGGAAUGCCAAUUUUCUUUUGCACGUUUGCUUGCUCAAUGUGAUCUAUCUGUCAGUCAAGCUAUCUCCUGUUUUUUAGGAGGUUUGAAGGAAGAAUUGGCGAACCCUGUAAAGUUGCAUGAACCUCAAACACUCUCUAAAACCUAUAGGUUAACUAGGUUGGCUGAGGCAACCUUAGCAGCUAAUGCAGAGCUCACAAACACUAUCCCUCAGCUGGAAUUCCCUAAGGAAGAACUGGUGGAGGAAGACUUGUCUAAAUAUGAGUGUGACUCACCUAAAGAAGAAUGGUCCAAUUCUAAAGGUGACACUCCUAUGAUUUCCUUGUGUGCUCUUAAUGGGCUGCAGGGUGCUCAGACCAUUCAUGUGACUGGAUACAGUGAUAGGCGACCAAUUCAGAUUUUAUUGGAUGGUGGAAGUACCCACAACUUCAUUGAUGAAGAGUCUGCUAAGAGAUUGGGCUGCACAGUUCACCCUACUAAGGUAGGAUAUGUGAGUCUGGGAAAUAAUACUUUGGAAGCUACCUUAAGAGUGGUGAGGAAAUUUGAAUGGAUCCUGCAGGGUACUACAUUCACUUCUGAUUUGAUUGUGUUUCCAGUAGGUAAGUAUGACUUGGUAUUGGGUGCUUUAUGGAUGAAGACCUUGGGGCCUGUCACUAUGGACCACUCUAACCUCACUAUGAUAUUCAACUACCAAGGCAAAUUCCAUUUAUUGAAAGGUGUCACUGAUGAAUGUAAGGUGCUCAACUCUAAAGCAAUAGGUAAACUGAAAGGCGAGGAGGUCCAACUCUUCAUGCUACAUGUGGUCACAGCUCAGCAUACAUCAACAAACAGUAGUCAACUUAAUGCUAUUCAUUUGGCUAUUGAGCAUCAUAUUCCAGCUCCUAUCGAGCACCUACUUAGAAGGCACUCUCAGAUCUUUGCUGAGCCUACCUCACUACCACUAUCAGGGCCCAUUUGA